AUGACAACCACUCGGCAAAUCUCAUUCUACCCACCGCCACAAGUGGUCAUCACCUCGCGACAGGCAGUGCAUGUAGAAACCGUCAGCGCAUCGCCAACACGACAGGUCUGCGUUGUCAACAGUCGGCUGGGGCACGGCAACUGGUGCCGCCGAGAGGUGAAUGUGGUACCGGAAGGCCGGCCGGGGGUGGGAGUGAUGGAUGGCCUUGUCGGCGCUCCGAUGCGACAAGAGCUCGACUCGGCGACAAGCCUCGAGCUGGAGGGCCAGGGGCGUGACGGACUCCCCCUCGGAGCCGAUCGCAUGUGGCCGCGAUGGGGAGCAGUGAUGCGUGAAGAUGGGAAACGAGAGUCAUUCGGCUGCGGACCACGAGUUCGGUACUUCUGUGGGGAGGCUGAGAAAUGUUGGGAUGAGCAGUCACCUAGCCUCAAACUGCACGAGCCUAAUGCAUACUCAUAA